AUGGCCGACAAGUACGGCCCUCUGAUCCGCCUCUGGGGCGUCGACGUCUCCUCGCAGCUGCCGUCGCCAUCCGCCUCGAGCGAGGAGCUGAGGCCCCUACUCAAGUCCAUCCUGAGCGAAGCCUUGCCCUUUAUCGAAACCAUUCCCUCUUCCGCUCCUCCGUCGACGUCGGCGGCGUCGUCGCCGAGCACCACCUCUACCACCGGCGACUCCUCCUCCCCGUGGAAGGCCAAGGGAGUCAAGACGUUCCCCCACUCAAUCUCGCCCGUGCACCUCUUCGAGCGAACCGUUCCGGCGGCGGCGCUCGCUUCCGUGGCCAAGGAGCACGCCCUCCCGCCCAGCGUCGUGGACGCGUCGUCGCAGGUCCGGGCCGAGACGUGGGCGGCGCGGCGCAGCGUGCACGAGGACGCGGCGGCUCGGGGCACGGCGAGCUGGGCCGAGUGGGUGCGGUGCUUCAAGGACGACCACGCCGAGGCGGAGAGGGAGUUUACGCCGACGGUGCUCAGCACGCGCGUGAGGCGGCAGUGGGACGACUGCGGCGGCGUCGACGUCGACGGGUGGACCGACUGGACGCUCAAGCUCGAGGAGUCGGUGCACAAGCUGCCGCCGCCGCUCAAGGCGCGCGUCUUCCCCGUGCUGCAGGCCACGGCGUCGGCGCGCGGGCGGCGCGACUUUGUCGUGGUGCAGAUUGCGGCCGUGGCGCCGCGCGCUGACAACGGCGGCGACGACGGAGGCGGCAGCGCGGUGCGCGGCGUCUACACGAGCGUCGAGCGGCUGCGGGAGACGCCCGGCGGCAUCGAGUGGACCAUGGCGACGGCGUCGGAUGCCGGCGGCGUGCUGCCGGCGUGGGUGCAGCGCAUGGCGGUGCCGACGCAGAUUGCAAAGGACGUCGACAUGUUUUUAAGCUGGAUCGCCGAGGAGAGGGACAAGGGGGCAAACAAGGGGGCCAGGUGA